CACAAGAGCAGAGAGAAGCGGAAUAGCGAGACAGCUUUAGAAGCCCAGGAGGCUACAUACUUCUCCUCCGGGGACAUCACGAUUUUUUCGCCUUGCUCGAGUGAAGUCAUGCAUUCAUUGUCGAGGAUUUGGACAUCGGACCAGGAUGGGAUCCUCAACACGUGGAGUCUCAAGAGCGGGCAAUUGAUCAACAGUUGUUCCUCACACCUUGGGGCCACUGGGACUGGUCGCACACCUUACUUCUCCAUAACCCACUUCUCUUCGAAGAGCAGCCAUGUGGAUACCUUAUUCGUAGGCCAAUUGCGCGAACUUGCUACAUUCAUUGAUCAUGCUUCCCGCCUUUUGUGUCUUCGAUGGAUUUCCGUCUCCUAUUCCGAUGUUGCCUCGAUUGCGGAGGGUGACCGCUUCGUUUCGAUUUGGAAAAUCCCUGCGCUAGGCGACCUGGAUGACCGCGACAGUUCAUCGUCCUUUAAUAUCAAAGAGGGAAUAUUAAUAGCUUCCAUUCCUUUUGACACUGAUACUUCGUCAUCCAUAUCUCUACUGGUUCUUUCAGCAUCAGGGUCUCUCCAUGUCUACCCGAUACCGAUCACUAUUGUAUCAUCGCCCUCAAAAAAGCAGGCACCCCCGAUCAACCUCAGGCCUUUGGUGGCCACGGCAGGCUUUGCCGCCAGCAACAAAGAAGCCCCGGUAAUACGCAUUGCCCGUUAUAUCAGAGGCGCACGACCAAUCCCCAUCCAACGGUACCGCGAGGCAGAAGAAUCUACUCUUUGCACAGGGAACGAAUUGGUGUCAGACGGAGAAGACCCUUAUGCUGCUCUGAACAAUGAAGCUGAACUGGAUGGUGAUAUGGCUGAGCUUUCUCCAGGAGAGAAACUUCCCAUCGCCUCUGCCCCUCCGCCCCUCUCAACGCUGGACUUAGACUUAGUGGCCGAGGGCACAAGAGACUUAUUCAUAUCAAAGCCCUCUGACCCGCUCUUCCUCAUUCGGACGCUUGUUCAGGCAUUACAUACCAGUGACUCAGAGCUCCUCGAGACAGUGCUCAAUACCAGUGAAGACUCGGUCGUUGUAAAUACUAUACGGAAGUCGCCAGCCAUAUUUGCGGCGCCGUUGAUUCAGGAAUGUGUAUCCCGUCUAUGUCGUGGUAUAGGUUCAGCGGGUUUAAAGUGGUUGCGUGCAACUCUCAUUGUACAUGUGUCAUUCCUCUUAACUGACCCACAACUCGCGAAACGGCUAACCAAACUUCACACUACAAUUGCAUCCCGUGUUGCUUUCCAAGAUCGCCUGCUGGCAUUACAUGGCCGUCUUGACCUCCUCGUGCAGAUCGAAAUGCGCUCACGAAAUGGCGAGUCCGCACUCGUUUCCGCCGCUGCACUCGCUGGGAAAGUGUAUGUUGAAGGCGAGAGUGGUGGAGAGGAUGUUGAGAUGGAUGAGAACGAAGGAAGCAUCGAAGAUGUUCAGCUCAGUGAGGAGAGUGCAGGAGAGUCAGGUUCAGCUGAUGAAGGGGACGACGAUGACGACGAUGAGGAUGACGACGAUGAGGAUGAAGACGAGGAGGAUGGAGAAGAGGAGGACGAGUGAGACAAUCAAGAUGAUGAUGGGGACGAAUUGAUGGAUGAGGUCGAAGAUGAUUAGUAAGGACGCGGAAGGUAUUGUCAAGCAGGACGACAGUAGAGACAACUACAGUUAAUAUUCAUAUUGCUUCUUGCCUUCAUUUACGCACUCUGAUACCAAAACGAAGUUCUCGACAUUGGGAAACAU